AUGGCUAUGUCUAUGUCUGUGUGCAUGGGAUUUAAAAGAACACACUUCCAUCUCAUAUAUCUUACUUAUCUAAUCUGGGUCAUAAGCCUGUUUGCUCAGCAGCAAGGUAAUCCUUGUGGGUCUGGGGUGUGUGGUCUCAAUGGAAUCUGUCGAGUCUCGGGCAGUACCAGAAAUUGCAGUUGUCCUCCCGGAUUCCACUUUGUGGUCAAUGAUAACCCAUCAAAGGGAUGCCAGCAGGACACGUUCCCGCAUCAGAGCUGUAGCGCAAGUGGAGCAAAAAUGCAUACGAUUGAGCACGUAGAUUUUUUUGAAAAUGAUUACGUGUCUUUAGAAUUCACAAAUGCAACUGCUUGCAAGCAGGCAUGCCUUGAUGAUUGCUUUUGCACAGUGGCCGUCUACAAUGAUAUAACUGGCUAUGGAGAACAUUGUUGGAUGAAGUCACUGCCUAUGAAGAACGGCGCUGAAAACAUCAAUACAACAGCUUUUGUGAAAGUCUACGAUGCUGUUCCCCCCACGCUGUCAAAGCAAAGAAAGGAGGAGAAGGGGAAGUGGCUAAUAAUUGUUGGCAUAAGCCUUGUCGGUUGUUCCUUUGUCUUUGGAGCAAUUUUGUUAUUAAUUUGGUUGUAUACAUGCAGGCCCAAGCUGAAAGCCUUGCAAGAUGAUCAUAACGCUAAUCCAGUGGGGUUGAAGGGAUAUAGUUAUCAAGAGAUCGACACUGAGACUGGAGGCUUCAAGCAAGAAAUAGGAAGAGGGGCCUUUGGGAAGGUCUACAAAGGCGUCUUAUCAGACGGACGAGAAAUUGCUGUGAAGAAACUUGACGAUCUGCUCAUGCAAGGAGGACAAGAAGAUCGAGAAAAGGAGUUCAGAACAGAGAUGGGUAUCAUCGGGGCUAGCCAUCAUAAGAAUCUUGUUCAACUCUAUGGGUUCUGCACAGAGGGGACCCACAGGCUUCUGAUUUACCAAUACAUGUCCAAUGGAUCUCUGAACAAUGUUUUAUUUAAGGGCAAAAGAGAUGUUGAUUGGGAGGUGCGUGUUCAGAUUGCUUUAGGAAUUGCAAGAGGAAUCCUCUACUUACAUGAAGAGUGCACAACCCCUAUACUUCAUUGUGAUAUAAAACCUCAAAACAUUCUCCUGGAUGAGAAUUACCAGGCUAAGAUAGCUGACUUUGGAAUGUCCAAACUGAUUGGCGCAGAACAAACGAGAACGUUUACUAUGGCCCGCGGAACCAUCGGUUAUAUAGCUCCUGAGUGGCAGAAGAAUACGGCUGUUACAGUGAAAGUGGACGUGUAUAGCUUCGGAGUCGUACUCUUGGAAAUUAUCUGUUGCAGGAAAAUGUUCGAGUUGCAUGUGCCAGAAAAUGAAAUGGUUUUGUGUGAUUGGGUGUACGAUUGCUUCAAACAUGGUCAACUUUUAAAAUUGAUGGAGCAACAAGAUUGCAGAGGUAUCGAGGCAACCCAGUUGGAAAGAAUGGUGCUGGUGGGGCUCUGGUGCAUUCAAGAAGAUUCUUCUCUAAGACCAUCAAUGAGAAAUGUAGUUCGGAUGCUCGAAGGGACAGUUGAGAUUCAAUACCCCCUCUUCCAGAAGUUUCCUCUUCAUAAAAGCCGUGCCCCCUGCCUCUAGGUAGUCCAAUAACUUCUUGAUCUGUGUCUCGUCUUACAAGAAACUCUUUGAGAGAGACAUAAUAGCGUAGAACGGAUGUUUUAUUAGU